AUGGAGUCUCAUUGUUUUCCUGAGGGUCUUGGGAUUCUGGUUGUGUAUUAUGAUCAUGAUCAUGAUCCUCAAGGCUUGGACUCUCUUCACAAGAUGCUUCUCAAGUGCAAAUACAAAGCAACUAUAUGUAAUUCAGCACAAGAGGCACUUCAUCUGCUCGACACACGAGAAGAGGAAUUCGACCUAGUACUCGGUGAUGUCGAUUUGCCAGACAUGGAUGGUUUCGAGUUUCUCCAACAAGUAGUCCAUAAAACGGACAUUCCAGUAAUAAUGAUGUCUGAUGACGGAGAGACGAGCAAGGUGAUGAAAGGGGUUCAGCACGGUGCCUGCCACUGUCUCCUCAAGCCCAUAAGGCUCAAGGAGAUCCGCAACAUAUGGCAGCACGUGUUUCGGAAGAGAAUGCACCAACAAGAUGAUAACGCUAUCAUUGGUGUUGGCAACAAAAGAAAACAUGCUAAUAUGAUCAAUACUGUUGGUGUUGGUGCAGAUCCUGAUCCUGAUCCCACCCCUCUCAACAAGAAACCUAGGGUGGUUUGGACCCCUGAACUUCACCUCAAGUUCGUCAAUGCUGUCCGCUGCAUUGGAGGAUUAGAGAAAGCUGGCCCCAAGAAAAUACUUGACUUAAUGGCAGAGCCAUGGUUAACAAGAGAUAAUGUUGCUAGCCACUUGCAGAAGUACAGGAUUUCCGUGAGCAGGCAAAAGAAAGAAGAUGAGAUCAAAGCAACCUAUAAUGGAAUGAAUUUCCCAGAUUCACAGCAUAACAUCGUCAUAAACCACAACCAAACCGGCAUCGGUUCCAUACCAAUGGUGGCCAAUCAUCGAGACACCAGCAUCGGCACCGGUUCCAUGGCCAAUCAUGGAGACACCAGCAUCUGUACAACUCCAAUGGAGUACAUUGAUCCCCCAAUGGUGGCAGAUCAGCGAUGGGAGUACAUCGAUCAGCGAUGGGAGUACAUUGAUCAACCAAUGGUGGCCAAUCAGCGAUGGGAGUGCAUUGAUCAGCGAAUGAAGUACGGUAAUCAGGCAAUAAUGGAGUACGUAGAUGAGCCAAUGGUUCCCAAUCAGGGAAUAAAGUUAAUAAUGGAGUACGGUGAUGAGCCAAUGGUUCCCAAUCAGGGAAUAAAGUUUAGUGAUGAGCCAAUCGUUCCCAAUCAGGGAAUAAAGUUUAGUGAUGAGCCAAUCGAGUACAGUGAUCAGGUACUCGAAGCCAACUACAACCGGAGCAUCAAUACUCAAUACCCCACUCUCCGAGGAUGGAAGCAACAGACAAAAAUCCGUGCUGCAAUAGCUUAA